AUGUCCGUGAUGCCUCGAAAAUGUGGCACAUGCCAGUGGUUCAUUGGCAGCGCAGCCCUGGCGGAGGCAGCCCUGGCGGAGGGCGUAGGUGGUGGUGGUGGUGGUUCCACCAUCCUUCUAUUCCUGCAACCUAGAGCAACCUCGAGCAGCAACAAGCUGGAGGUAACCACCCUGCCUCCGGCAGCUCUGUACCUGCCCAUCCUUUUCUUCGCCGUUGCGCCCGCUGUCGGCGCCAGCAGCAACAAGCUGGAACUCCCUCAAGCUGUCUGUGAGGAGUGCGGACGACCAUUUAAGGGCACAAGCCCUACGUCAAAGGCAGCGAAGGCCGACGCCGCGAGACGGCAGCAGGAGGAAAAGGAGGCGGAAGAGGCUGCCGCCAGGGCAGAGGCCGCGAGACGGCAGCAGGAGGAGAAGGAGGCUCAUGACGCUGCCCUGGCCUCGCUCCUUGAGAGGGUUGAGCGGCUCCAGCUGGAGCUGCGAGAAAAGGACACAGAAAUUUUCGCACUCCGGCAAGAGAACAAGGAGCUGCGAGAAGAAAAACGAGUGGAGGCGACUGAGGCUGCCCCCCCUGAGGCUGCUGAGGCUGCCCCCCCUGAGGCUGUCCGCCCCCUCACCUCAGAUCUGCGGACCUCGCAGGAGAGCUGCGCCGAUGAGACCCUCGCCAACAUAGCCACUAUUGAGGCCAUCAUAUCCGAAGCCGGGAAGGUCAACGACAUCUUAGACCUGUGAAAGGAGAGGAGAGCUGCGUGGGUGCUGACUAUGGGGGGUCGCAGCUCAGCAUCUGCGACAUGGAGGAGACCCUCGCCUCCAUGAAGAGCUGGGGCGACUGACCCUGCAGCUACAGGAGAAGGACGCUCUGAUCAAGGAGCUGCAGCAAAAACGAGUGGAGGAGACUGAGCGUCUGGAGGAGGAGGAGGUUCUUGAGGCUGAAGACGAGAGAGGCCACGACACCCUCGCCCCCUCCGCCUCUCUUGAUGCCUCAGCACGGCCCGAGGAGCAGAAGACCAGCGACCUGUGCUCAAAAUAUGGCAGAGAGCGGCAGUCGCUGGAGGCGGAGCGCCAGAGCCUGCAGGAGAGGCUGCUGCAAAGAGAUAACUACAUCCAGCAGCUGGAGGAGCAGCUGCAGGAGCUGCGCCACCAGCGCCACAAGUGGCUCAUGG